GUUUUCCACAAUUCCUAAGAAGACAACUUUUUGUUUAUGCUCAGCUUAGGCUAGUCGAGUAGAUUAUUAAGCAAAGAAGCAAAUAGAUAGCCUUGCCCUACUUUAAUUAAGAAGCUAACUGCUGGCCGCGGUCAUACUUAUCUCGCUCUCUUAACUUAAGCUUAUCUCUUGUCCUAGAUUUCAUAGUUUAUAAGUACAUUUACUUUCAUGGUCAUUUUCAUUUCACCAAAAUGCCUCGCAUAGUGGAGUGUGUCCCUAACUUUUCUGAAGGAAGAAAUAAAGAGGUAAUUGAAGCAAUAGCCUCUGCUAUUGCUCAAACUUCAGGAUGCAGCCUUUUAGAUGUCGACCCAGGACAGUCCACAAACAGAACUGUCUAUACAUUUGUGGGCACACCUGAGGCGGUCAUUGAGGGAGCAGUGAAUGCAGCAAGAGCUGCUCAUCACUUUAUUGAUAUGAGACUUCAUCAAGGUGAGCAUCCUAGAUUAGGAGCUCUGGAUGUUUGUCCUUUUGUCCCUGUUCAAGAUGUUAGCAUGGAAGAUUGUGCAAGAUGUGCUAAAGAAUUUGCAUCAAGACUGGCUUCCGAGCUUGACGUCCCAGUGUAUUUGUAUGGAGCAGCAUCAGAUACAGAAUAUAGAAAAACUUUACCUCAGAUCAGAGCUGGGGAGUAUGAAGGUCUACAAGACAAGCUGAAAGACCCACUUUGGAAGCCUGAUUUUGGGCCUACUGCAUUUGUGCCAUCAUGGGGGGCAACUGUUGUUGGAGCAAGAAAAUUUUUGAUUGCCUACAACAUUAACUUACUAGCGACUAAAGAGCAAGCCCAUAGAAUCGCACUGAACAUACGGGAAAAUGGAAGAGGAGAAAAUGAGCCAGGUAGGUUGAAAUGUGUUCAAGCUAUUGGCUGGUACCUAGAAGAAGCAAACAUGGCCCAGGUAUCUGUGAACAUCACAGAUUACGAAGUCACUGGCAUUCAUACAGUGUAUGAGGAAUGUUUAAAAGAUGCUAAUGAACUCAACAUUGCUGUAGUUGGAUCUCAAAUUGUAGGGCUUGUACCCCAAAAGACCUUAAUGGAUGCUGCUGAAUAUUACAUGAAAAAUGAAAAAUUGUUUAUCUUGGAAGAAGACCAGAAACUGAGAUUGGUUAUUAACCGACUUGGAUUAAACUCUUUAGGUGGAUUCAAUCCUAAAGAAAGAAUCUUAGAGUACAUGAUUCAAGCAGACAGAGAUGGGCCACUUGCCAGCAUGGAUCUUAAAGACUUUAUUCUAACUGUAGGUUCAAGGUCACCAUCACCAGGAGGAGGCUCUGUGGCAGCAUUAGCUUCAUCUUUGGGUGCAGCUCUGGGCUCUAUGGUUGGAUUCUUGUCUUAUGGAAAUAAAAAAUUUGCUGAUCUAGAUGAAACAAUGAGAACUUUGAUACCACCUUUGUAUAAAGGAAUGAAAGAUUUAAUUCCUUUCAUUGAUGCUGAUGCUGCAGCUUUUAGUGAAUACAUGCUUGCUACUAAACUGCCUAAAAAAACUGAAGAAGAGAAAAAAGAGAGACAAGAGGCAAUAAAGCAAGGUUUGCUAACAGCUGUGCAAAUUCCUAUGUGUGUAGCUCAAAUUGCCAAUGAUAUGUGGCCUCAUUUAAAAGAAUUGGCAAAAGUUGGAAAUUUCAAUUGUAAAUCAGAUUUACAGACUGGAGCCAGAAUUUUAGAGACAGGUGUGUGGGGAGCAUACUAUAAUGUACUGACUAACCUGGAUCAGAUUGAGGACCCUGAGUUUGUGGCCAAGGCAAGGAGUGAUAUUGAAUUGGCAAUUGCUAAAGCACAAAAAGAAAAGGAAGAAAUCUUGAGCAUCUUGGCUGAAAGGCAAAAAUGAAAAGUGUCUAAACCUUAACCACUUUUAAAAAUAAAACUAUUUUUCAACUUGGUAAAUGUUUAUAAUUUGGGUGAUGGGUGUUCGAUGUAAGUUUUAAGCAUAUUUUUGGUGUAGUUAGUUUCCAAACAUAAUGAACUUAAAUGUUGAUUUUUUUUAUGCUUGAAAAAUUUAAAUGUAUUUUUUAGUUGAAACAGGAUUCAGAAUAAUAGAACUGGAAAGAAUUCAGUAUUGUUUUUGUAAGCAGGAGUUAUUUGUCCUGUCAUUCUUACUUUGCAGUAUUAUAAUAUCAUAAUAUUACUAUAUAAUUUCCUGAUGUCGUAUUUUAUACAUAUUCACCUGUUCAUUUUAUACAAAUUAUAACCACACUGUUUUCAGCAAUAGAUGAUGCUUUGCUUUCAGUUUAAUCAGAGCUACAUUUUACAUUUGUUGGCCUUUGAUUGCAAUGUGCAUUUUUUUUCUUACACUGCCAGUUUCUCUACUUGUAAUUUUUUUUUUACAUUUUGUUCCUCUGGGUAAAUGUAAUACAUCUUUUACAUGUGAGUAGAAAAUCAAACUAUCCUCAGACAUAGUUAAUCCUGAUCUCCAUGUAGUGGUAUUGCAUGUUCACAUAAUUUUAUAUAGAAAGCUUUCAAUGAUUUUUUUGUCACAUUUUAAAAUAAUCCCUUUUCUUGUUAUUAUUUAUGCCAUUUAUCAUGUUAUUAAAACAAGUUAUAUCAUACUGGUAACAUGCUCAAUGACCACACUGCUGACAUAUAGUCAACUUGAGACUUCUGCUGAGUAUCUGCCUACUGUGCUGUCAAAAUUCCAGAUUACAUCUGUUAUUGCUAAGUGUCUACUUAAACUCCUACUUAAAGAAAGUCAUUGGAUACAAGCUGACAUUUAAUUGUCAUCAGCAAAGCUUAAGUUUUUACUAUCAUGAAACAGCAAUACUCUGUGAUUAUAACAACAUAAUUUAUGUACCAUUACAAGCUUUAAUUUUUUUAAUUUAUAGAUUGUUCUUAAUUCAUGGGAAUAAUUCUUAUCAUUACAAGAAAGAUAAUUAUGAAUUCUUUAAGGUUUAACUCAAAAUACUUUUUUAUGUCAACAUUUUUCUUUAUUAAUAAACAGUCCAUGAACUGAAGCAGCACAGAUUUUAAUAAAAAUACAUCACCAUCAUAAAACUGAUGGUUUUCACACAAAUUUAUAAACUUGUAAUUUUUGUAUACACAAGUUUUCUUUUGAUGUUAAAAUGCAAAGCUGUGAUCUAUGUUUAUAGCUAUCUUUAGAUAGAGGUUGUUUUUGCUAUAAGAUAUUCACUGCUGAUUUUUGCACUUUGCAUAAUUCCAGAAUAAAAUCUUCAUAGAAAC